AAAGCAGAGACCAAUUAAUUAUCACAUGGGUACCCCCGACUUGCUCUAAUCUCAGCCAGUAUUCAGUAGUCUUCCAUAUCCAAUUUCCAAGUCAACUACCGUGUUAAACUGAGAAACUCAAUCUUAUAUAGUGAAGAAACAAGGCCAUGAAGUUUUUCAAACACGUUAUUUCAAUUUAGAGCAAGGAGUUCUUAGUGUCGUUCUUUGUUUUUCUCCGGUGAAUUAGGAAUUUUGGGAUGGCUUCUGUCUUUCUGUUCGUUUUCUUUCUUCUCUCACACUUCGUGCUGCUUCUUUCGGCUCAAGAAGAAAUGAUAUACACCAAAAGAUGUCCACCCUUUCACUGUGGACAUCUGGGCAGGAUCGGCUUUCCAUUCGCCAAUAAUACAUACCCCGAAUGCGGUGUGUUCACAGUAGAUUGUCGGGAUGAUCAUUAUCCGACGAUCCAACUGGAGGACGGUGGAAGACCAUAUGAAGUUCUAAACAUCUCUGAGAGUAACACCAUGUCGUCCAUGCGUAUCUUUGACAUAGAGUUUAGGGAGCAGUUGAAAUUCGGUAGAUGCGAAUCCUUAACCAAUUUGACUUUUCCCUACUCUUCGUUCAUCUCUUUUGAAAUCGCCACACCCAAUCAGACCUUUUUUAAAUGCAAUCGCACUCCCGAUAUUCCUCCCCCUACAAAUUUUUUUAAAAUGAGCUGCAUGAACUACUAUGAUAUCUACUUUAGUAAUUCAAGUGACAGUUUUCCCACUUCACUUUCUGGAUGUUCAAUUAUUCAGCUCCCAAAGAACCUGAGUCUAGAUCAUCCUCCGUCGCCAGGUGAUGAUGACCUGUUUAGUUUUUUAACCUCUGAGUUCGACCUUGGGGUGCGUGUCUCUGAGGAUUGUUACAAAUGUUAUCAAAGAGAAGGUCAAUGUAAGCCCGACGAUAAUGGGGAACUUUCUUGCUACGAGCGAGAGAAAGGGAGUAACAAAAUGAAACGGCGGAUAGCAUUAGGUGAGAUAUCACUUCAGUCAAAUUUCUUGUCGAUAUUAUUCCAUCUGGUGGUGAUCUAUUGUAUCUUAGACGCAUACAUUGCAACUCCUUUUUUACUCCGUCCGAGUGUCACUAUAGAGAAAAAUAUUGUUUUACUUUGGUUUGGGCUAGUGACACUAGCUUGUAAAAAACGGCGCUAUAUUUAA